AUUUUUGAUGAGAUCAAAAGAUCACCAUUUUCUCACAAUAGCGUAAACAACGAAGAAGAAUUUUGGCCACGUAUAAUGAUUCCACAAGAAAGUGAAAUUAAUAGAGAAACUUCUACUUUUUGGAUUCCACUACAUGUGGAUUUUGGUACAUUCUUACGUUUGGUUUGUUUUGCGUCUCCAGUUUGCUUUCCAAAUUAUGGCUCAUUAAAAACUUUCAUUCGAUUGCCUUUGUUCAUUCUGGUACCACCAUUGAUGGGAAAUAAAACUUAUAUAUAUAUAAUCACUACCGCUAAAGCUAAAGUUUUAAUUUAA